AUGGCGCUGUCUUCCUCGACCUCUUCUUCAGAUCCAUUCAUAGCCAAUGCUGAAAAGCAUGGAUAUUCGAAAAUCAAGACCAGUGACGAUGAGGAGGCCGAGCUUUACAUACCUCGUGCUCGGCAAAGUAGUCGUCUUCUCACAGUCCUGUCGUACGUUGUCAAGCUCGUCAUAGUGGCCAUGGCCGUGUAUGGCCUCAUCACCAUGGGAAUAUCUGCAGUAGUCCGACUCCGAAAGGCAGCAGUGCCGCCAUGCAAUUGCGGCUCGUCCAUCGCCGAGGCACUCACUCUUGAUUGCAAAUACGAUUCACUAUCCACGUCCUGGCUUCCACCACAUUGCCGCGACGACGAAAUGACUUCCCUCUUCGAAAAAUCUGGGCCUGGCCCAAAUGGCCAAUGGAACUACUACGCUUCCAACUUGAACACGUCCAAAGUAUUCACGAUCGAAGAAAUGGCGCUCAUGGCGGAGAAGCCCGACUCGGAACGACAGGCAUGGGCGACGAUAGAGUGGCAUGACAAGCAUUGCUUCUUUACGCUGCUCAAGCAAGUGCGAGGCAGGGCCAAGAUGCAAUACACGGGAUUUCCGAGCGGAACGGCACACGCAGAGCAUUGUGCCAUGGGCAUGGCCGAGCGCCGUCCAGGAAAACAAAUUGUUGUUUCAAUGAACCCCGGAUUUGGAGAUGCAAAGCCCGGCGAGUUGAAGAUGAUGAUAGUGCACAUGGGGCACCAAUGA